AUGGCUUCUAACCAGUUCGAUGCCCAGGCUUCCACCAACUACAAGGAGGCGUUCUCCCUGUUCGAUAAGCGCGGCAAUGGUCGUGUCGCUCUCGACAGCCUCGGCGACCUGCUGCGCGCUUGCGGCCAGAACCCGACGCUGAGCGAGGUGCGCGACCUCGAGAAGAACGUCGGCGGCGACUUCGAUUUCGAAACUUUCCAGCGCAUCCUGAACCGUCCCGGCGGCUUCCGCGACCCCGGCGAACCCGAGGAGUACUGUCGCGGUUUCCAAGUUUUCGACAAGGACAUGACCGGCUACAUUGGCGUCGGCCAGCUCAAGUACAUCCUGACGAACCUCGGCGAGAAGAUGACUGACGAGGAGGUUGACGAGCUGCUGAAGGCUGUCGACACGAGUUCAGGACAGGUCAACUACACGGACCCAUGGACGCGUUGGGAGCUGAAUUGA